UUAAUUCAAAUACUCUGCAGUAUGAAACAAUUUAAUCUUUUAGCGUAAUGUACUGUAUAUACACAGUGUUAGCAAACCUUUUAAAGUGCUGUCACGAGCGAGACUUUUAUCAAAAAGAUUGUGUAAAGUUUUUUUACAAUGUAACAGCUUAGAUCUUUGAAGAGGAUUUAACAGUUUUGAAGAAUAAAUUAGAUCACUGAAUAGUUGAGAUAUGUUCUUCAGCUCACCAGAAACCAGAGGCAACUUUCGUCAAGCAUGGUCUGCAAUCACUGUGAACAUCGGCAUGAUGUGCGGUGGGGAGUUCUUCGGUUGGCCGUCCCCUGCAUUAAUCAAGCUGAGGUCACCCGACUCUCCCAUUCAUCUUAGUGUCUCAGAGGCUUCUAUCAUGGUGUCUAUCAUGUACCUUGGAAACAUCAUCAGUCCUAUACCAACAGGCUACCUCAUGGACCAUAUUGGCCGUAAGAAGUCGUUAAUCAUCUGCAGUAUUUUACCCGUAGCCUCUUUGCUUCUCACCUACUACGCGAGGUCAGUAAGCCAUCUCAUCAUUGCCAGACUCCUAGCCGGGCUCUGGAUAGGAGUCAUUACCACCGUUGCUCCGAUGUAUACGGGAGAAAUCGCCUCACCCAAGAUUCGAGGGGCGUUGGGUAAUCUGUUUUCCCUUAACGCGUACUCAGGAACACUGUUCAUCUACAUCGUAGGUGCCUUCGUGUCAUACAAAACUCUCCAACUCACAGCAGAAAUAAUUCCGAUAUACUUCUUCAUCACACUCCUAACCGUUCCAGAGUCACCUUACUUCCUCUUGAGACACGGAAACAGACAUGAAGCAAAGAAAUCUCUGCAAUGGCUAAGAGGUGGAGUCUCCGAGGAGGUUUUAGAAAGAGAAGUAACAUCGGUUGAAGACUACAUUAGCAAACAAAUGGAAAACAAACAUUCCGUAAAAGAUAUUUUCACGUCAAGAUCAAAUAGAAAAGCAUUCCUUAUUGUGGAAUUGUAUGCAAUAUUCGUCAAAUUUGCCGGAGUCAAUUUAAUCAUGGCGUACAGCUCUGUGACUCUCCCCUCGUCAGCGUUUAAGCACUUCACGCUCUCAGAGUGCUCUAUAGUCCUGGCUGCUACCUGGUUCAUCUGUGGAAUCUGUUCAAUGUUCAUGGUUGACCGCUUCGGCCGCAAGGUCCUCCUGACUUACUCGUCCCUGGGUUGCAGUUUCUUCCUCUUUGUCGCUGGCCUGUGGUUUUUGCUGAAUGAAAAGACCAGGAUUGAAGUAGAAGAUUACAGUUGGAUUCCGUUUGUAUGCUUCAUUUUCCACGGCAUCAUCUACGCUCUAGGUCUCGGUCCUAUUGGUGUUUCCAUCAAAGGAGAACUUCUGCCUGCCAACAUCCGUGCGUCGGCGUCUGCGAUCACCACUAUCGUAUUUGCGCUGACUUCCCUUCUGCUCAACCAAAUCUAUCUCCCAGUCACCAAUUAUGCUGGAAUGUACGUGAACUAUUGGAUCUACGCUGUCAGUUGUCUCUUGUGUUGUAUUUUUACUCAGUGCGUGUUUAUUGAAACUAAGGGCAAGACUCUGCAAGAGAUACAGGAGCAGUUGGAGGGCAAACAUGUAAGAAAAGAAGACCAUCAGCACGAGUGUAGAGUGUAAAACUGUUUAAAACGCAUUUCCGAGCGUUUUGAGAUAUUCAACUAAAUUUCUA